UUCGUGGCCGUUCAUCGCAGGGGCGGAGAUGGUGAGAUCGGCGCUGAAACCGGCGAGAUUCGCGGUGAUCGGGCACCGGGGGAAGGGGAUGAACGCGCUGGCCUCUCCCGACCGUCGGAUGCGGGAGAUCAAGGAGAACUCCGUCCUCUCCUUCAACGAGGCCGGGCGAUUCCCCGUCGACUUCGUCGAAUUCGACGUCCAGGUGACCAAAGAUGACUGUCCAAUCAUCUUCCACGACAACUUUAUACUCACAGAAGAGAAUGGUCAAAUGUCUGAGAAGCGCGUCACAGAGCUAAACUUGGAAGAGUUUCUUUCCUAUGGGCCACAAAAGGAACGUGGGAAGGUAGGAAAGCCACUGCUUAGAAAGACCAAAGAUGGGAGGGUUUUAAAUUGGAAUGUGGAAUCUGAUGACCCUUUUUGCACACUACAAGAAGCCUUUGAGAGGGUGGAUUCCCACCUGGGCUUCAACAUAGAGUUGAAGUUUGAUGACAAUCUUGUGUACCAAGAGGAAGAGCUUGCCCACAUUCUUCUAGUCAUCUUAGAGGUGGUUUUCAAGUAUGCUAAAGAAAGGCCCAUCAUAUUCUCCAGCUUCCAACCUGACGCGGCACUGGUAAUGCGCAGAUUGCAGAAUACUUAUCCUGUCUUCUUCCUUACAAAUGGAGGGACAGAGAUCUACGGCGACGCCAGAAGGAAUUCUCUCGACGAGGCCAUCAAGCAUUGCCUCACGAACGGCUUGCAGGGGAUCGUAUCGGAGGUAAAAGCCGUGUUCAGAAACCCGUCGGCGAUUCCCAGAAUCAAAGAAUCGAAUCUCGCUCUCCUAACUUAUGGCCAACUAAAUAAUGUUCCGGAGGCGGUGUACAUCCAACACCUGAUGGGGAUCAACGGAGUCAUAGUCGACCUCGUACAGGAGAUCACCGAAGCGGUGUCGGAGUUCAUCAACCCUGAAACAGAAGCAGCAGAAGCAGAUGGUGAUAAACCUAAUUCCAAGCCCAACUUCUCACAGCGCGAGCUUUCGUUCCUGCUGAGGCUUAUCCCAGAGCUGGUGCAAUAACAACAUCAUUGAUAGUGUUCCUACACACUGCAUACUUCGAUUUGGAUUUGUCCCUUAAAUUAAAGGGAAACUUGUUGUAUAGUAGUAUCUGAUAUUUUAAUCCCCCGAGUGAAGAGUUUUAGAUGAUAUGGGGGGGGGAAGAAGCAGCAUAAAAAAGCACAAGUUUUGCAGCUUAUUCUGCAAGGAAAUGUUUGCGAGGAAUUUUACAGUACUUGAAGAUUGUAAUCUUUUACGAGAAAUUGAGAUGUUCUUGUUUGAUGGAGGGGGAAAUUAGGUUGCGUUUGUGAGGGAUUUUACGGUAUUUAAGAUGUAAACUUUUUACCAGAAAUUGAGGGGAGAAAAAGGGUGUUUUAAGCACUUUUGGCUUUUGUAUUCUUUUUCUUCU